UGUUUGCCUAUCUCCAUGGUUUUCACUUUAUUUUCAACUCUCUUCCAUACUCUCUCUUUAAUAUUGAAGGUUAUUUUUUCAUCUUUGCUUAUAAUUUGCUCAUUUUUUAUUUACAUGUUUAGAUCAUCUUUUGGUUUUGUAUUUACCAAUUUAAAUUUGUUCAACCGAUUAACAAUGCCAUCUUUAAUCAAUUCAUCAAGACACUCAUCAGCAUUACAACCUUCACAGGAAUCGGUAGCUGCUACAUCUAUACACGCGGCUGGGAUAACCGAAGUUCAUAACGUUCCAAUCAGUGUAAUUAUCCGGCCGAUUCCUCCUGUUCUGGAUGAAAACAAGGUUCAAAGUUUGAUGAACACAUUAAAGGAAACUGAAGAGGAUAAAGUGCCACCAAUCGAUGUACUUUGGAUUAAAGGAUCUGAAGGUGGCAAUUAUUUCUACAGUUUUGGUGGCUGCCAUCGAUUCGAGGCUCAUUGCAGAUUACAUUCACCUACAAUUAAAUGUAAAUUGGUUCCGUCAACCAUCGACGAUUUGCGUAUUUACCUAGGAUCUUCAACUCCAGACCUUAAAUAAUUCACCUCAAACUAUGCAUCGUUAAUGUUGGACAUUUUUAUUUUUUUAGUGGACACAACAGUGCAAUUGAAUCAACUUACCUGUUAAUUGCCGAAUACAAGUUUAUUUUUGAGAACCAGCUCAUGUUAACGUUAUUUUAUUAUUUUUUGUUUCUAAAUUUCUCUAACUGUAUUACAUUGCUUUCUAGCAAAUGAUUUUGUUUGUUAAUGUUAAAUAAUCCUCCAGACACAGAAUAGUAAACAUUGCCUUUUCGCGAUUAUUCAAAACAAAUCAAUUCUCAGGCUCAUGAUGAAUUUUUGUUUUUUUCCAAGCUAGCCUAACCAUUAGAUUUAUGGAUAAUCAAUAACAGCAUUGAUUGAAUGAAUGUUCAUUUUAAAUAACUGAAAAGAUUCAUUGUUAAUGAGAAAAUAAAAGCAGGAGUGAUUCACUGUUUAGCUUGAAAAUAUUCAAUAUGUUUCCACCUUAUAUUCAGAAAUAUUAAAAACUACGUUAAUUACUCCAAA